AUGCCUCAGAGUGAUGAGACCCUCUGGUCUCAGUAUGAGGACCUUGGCCUCAUCGUCAAGACCGACUAUGUGGAGGUGCGGAGAGCUCGCCAUCGCCUAACGGGUGUCCAGGUGGCCAUCAAAAUAUUAAACAAGCGACUGGCAAGAGGUCUCAGGAUUGCAGGGGAAGCAGACAUCUUGCCAUCCAUCACACAUCCCAACAUCGUCAAGCUCUUUCAGCUGGUGGAGACAGAGGAGAACUUGUACUUGGUGCUCGAAUACUGCCCCGUACAGCUGCUGGAGCACGUCUACAGCAAGGGCUGCUUGCAGGAGGACGAGGCCCGCGGCAUCUUCAGGCAAGUGGUAGACGCCCUCGCGUAUUGCCACGACCAGGGGAUAGCGCACCUGGACAUCAAGCCGGACAACGUCAUGUUGGACGAGAGCGGAAAGGUGACCCUGAUUGACUUUGGCACAGCCACCAGGGUUUGUCCAGGACAACGGUUGACGAGGCACUGCGGGGCUAUCCUAUUUAGCCCUCCAGAGGUGAUGAGGCUCGACCCCUAUGACGGCCCCAAAAAAGACGUUUGGUCUCUGGGGGUGAUGCUCUAUUUCAUGGUCACCGGGACCUGCCCCUUCGGAUUCACCUUAACCGCGGGCCCCAAAACGAACAUCAUCAAGGGGAACUACGAGAGGCCGGCGCACCUCUCUGCAGACCUGCGCGCGCUCAUCGAGAAACUGCUGACCUUGGACCCCGAGCUCAGGCCUGCGGCCAAGGACAUCCUGGACGACCCGUGGCUCGAGCGGGGCCAGGCGCGGGCGGGCGGGCGCGACCCCGACCCCCGGGAGCCGGACGCCGACGUGCAGGCGGCGAUGCGGCUGGACGCGGGCGGCGCGGCGCGGUCCGUGCGGCGGGGCGGGUGCGACGGGACCGCGGCCACCCACCGCCUGCUGCGGCUCGGGGCGCGGGGCGGGCCGGGGGCCGAGGCGGCGCGCACGGCCGUGAGCCCGGGCCCGACGCCCUUCCCCAGCGCCGCGGGCCCGCAGGUCGCCAGCUGCCCGGCCCGCCGCCGCUCCUGCCCGCCGCCGCCGCCGCCGUCGCCGCCCGAGCCCCGCGCCCCGCAGGUCGCCAGCUGCCCGGCCCGCCGCCGCUCCUGCCCACCUCCGCCUUCGCCGCCCCAGCCCCGCGCCCCGCAGGUCGUCAGCUGCCCGGCCCGCCGCCGCUCCUGCCCGCCGUCGCCGCCGCCGCCGCCGCCGUCGCCGCCCGGCCCCGCGCGCCCCGGGCCCCCGCCGCCGGGAGAAGCGCGUGCGGGCGGGGAGGCCGCGCGACCGGCCGCCGCCCAGACUUCCCGCCGCCCGGAGCGCGGCCCGGGGCUCCCCGCGACGGCCGCCCCGGAAGGCCGCGGCUGCCUGCCCCGCUGCUGGGAGGCCGUGCGCGGCCGCGUCCGCCGCCUCCUGCGGACACUGUGUCCCCGCGGGCUCCGCCGCCGCGGGAAGCGCGUGUUCCCGGCGCGGGCGGCGGGCGGCGGCGAAGGUCAGCGAGGCCCCGCGGAGCUGUAG